AUGGCAAAUGGCGAUGUGCAAACAAACGCACAUAACAUCAAAGAGAUCGUUAUUAGUUUGCCAUGUUCACUAUGCAACUUGUUUCCAUAUGGCACACUCGCACUCGACAUCAGCAUCAGCCACGACGACGCAGCUCCAAAUGUUGCCAAAUUAAAUGACACUAAAAACAUUUUAUUCAUUCAUGCAAACGAAUUGCGUGACGAUGUUGGUGAAAAUGAGCAUCAGUAUGCUGUACCUUCCGUGUCGCAUGCCAGCAGUGACAACUUUCGACAUCGUCGAAGGGAGGAGAACGCGGCGGCGAGGAAAAAUGAUGGCAGCAACGCUGCUUUACAGCAUCAACAGACAAAAACAGACACCACUCAAAAGACUAAUAUUUAUGAUAAUAGUGAUAAUAAUAAUUAUGGCAAAAGCAGUAGGAUUAUAAAUGAAAAUGAUAUGAAUUCAGUGUCUUAUACAACGGAUAUUUAUAGUAAUAAAUUUAAUUACAAUGGUAGUGACAGUCAUUCAAACAACAGUAUCCCUGCUACAUUAUCGUCAUCAUCGUCAUCCGCAUCGCCAAAGACAAAAGAUAAGAGACGCGCGUCAGAAGUCGUACGACGAAGUAAGAGUAAUAAAAAGUUAAAGGAGCGGAAGCAACACUUUCUGAAAUAUCUCUGGCCGAAUAAAAGUAAUUACUACCGUAACCAUAGGAAUAUUAAUAAUAAAAUUGCCAAAGUAUCUCCGUCACUCGAGCAAACUUUGCCUCGCACGGACUCUAAAAACUAUAGUUUUCGGCACAAACGAAGUUCCCCCCAAACUGAUGCACUUGUCAUCGUCAACGACGAAAGUAUCGACACGAGUCACAAAACAAACAACAUCAACAACACUCCAACACUCAAUAAAUUGACCAACAGUUCAAACAUGACAUCCGCCUCCUCCUCCUUCGAUAUCGACUCGAAUAACAACAAAAACAUCGAUAAUCACCGUCAGACGGAAAUUAUCCUCAAUGCCGAUUCCGACGACGCGCUGUUUGAGGAAACAGUAACGGCAAUUACUCCCGCGACGCUGCCACGCAAAACGGUGCGACACGUCGACGAUAAAGGUGAUUAUGUCGAUGAGCCACGAGCGCUUCCCCUGAGACCGAUUAUCAGUGGUCCGUUCGAAGAUGAUCCGCAGAACGAAGUGCAUAUCGUGUAUGCCGAGCAACGGGCGCCCGUGAAAUUAGCGUGCGAAGUUGACUUGGAUCUCGUGUCGAGUGUCUGGAUGAAGGAUGGCAUUAUUGUGCAUGUCGUUGAUAAAAGUUCACGCUCGGCAGACUUUCGAUUUUAUAGGGAGCCACGAGGGAGUCUCACAAUAACGAAUGUCAUGCUCGAAGACGACGGCAUCUGGCAAUGUGAGGCGGAAAAUUUUAGAGGAUAUGUAGAAAAUGCGCGACCAAUUAAAUUAGUUGUGUUAGACCCGCCUAAACCACCUUACUUAUUGAUCGAUCGACGUCGAUUAGAUGCUGGAAACAUUUUUGUACCUGUAAAAGAAAAUUCAGAAUUUAGUUUAGCGUGUAUCAGUGAGGGAGGCAAUCCGAAGCCCGUUCUCUCGUGGGAAGUGUUGCUCAGUCCCUCCAUCGACAGACAUGCUCAAAAGCUUCCGAGCGACUUGCUCGAGCUGCAAGAAGUUAAAAGUGAAAUGGAUAAGGAUCCAUUCAAAAUUACCACCGGUGCUAUAUCGGAAGCGAGACUUCCUGUUGUAUAUAGAGCACACCAUAAUGCGAGAAUCUUAUGCGUAAUGGAACAUCCAACGUUAAAAGUGAGACAAAAUGCUUCCAUAUUACUCGAUGUUCAGUAUACUCCAUCUUUCGCUAUCACUCGAUCUCCGGGCUUCGGGUUUCCGUUGCGGGAAGGCAUCGAGGUUUCUUUGAAAUGUGAUGUGGACUCUAAUCCACCAAGUACUCCAAUGUGGCAAAAAGACGACGGAGAUCCGCCGGUAAUGCAAAACGGCGACGGCUUCCUCAAUUUCACAUCUAUCCGAAAAGAGCAUGCUGGCUGGUACAAAUGCACCUCACGUCAUCUUAAUUAUCAAUAUUCAAGCAUCGGUUACUUCUUGAGUGUCAGAUCUGACACCGUUGACGUAACGUCGGAGCCUUUGGAACAGGAAUCCUCCAUGCCAUCCAUCCACAAUCCGUACAAGACCAACCAAAUGGAGGUCGAAUUUGGCGGAUCUGUAACGUUACAAUGCCCGCAAGGUUCCCUCGGCUGUUGGUCACAUCUCGAUCCAAGCACGGUUCGCCUAAAAGGUCUGGGAACUGGCUCUUAUGCCCCAACUGGUCAAUUUUCUCUCAAAGAUGUUGUAUAUUCAGAUGCUGGUAGUUAUAAAUGUAUUGGUCAAAGUGUUAACAAUAAGAAAAAAUUAGAAGUAUUAAAGACGGUUUCAGUUUCUGUUAAAGGCCCACCAACUGUGAGUGCUAAAAAUGUUACGCCAGUUGCACAUCCUGGCUCUCCGUUACACUUGACUGUGGAGUUUUGUGCAAAUCCGCCGGCAUACGCGGCACGUUGGUUGCAUGGCGAGCGAAUUUAUCAUCCGGGAAAGCAGUAUGGUGCCGAUGUACUGGCCUACGGAUUCAUUGAUCUCCCUACGCCGUAUUGCAAGGAGGCACGUCUAACAUAUGUUCACAUGCACGAAAAGGUUCCGCGACAGUUUUUCUUUGUCGUAUCAUCGCCAACUGGCGUCGCCGAAAUCAUAUUCAAUGUUAACUUUACACACAAGGGAAACAACGGCAACAAGAAAUCGAAUAAACUGCACAAUUCCGUGGAUCAGGAUGAGCAGUUAUCGCUGCCGGAAGAAAUUCACGAAAUUCCCGGCUUCGGUCUCUCCGCUUCCCCCAAAAAUCCUACUAUUUAUGUACUAUCAACGUUACUAUUAUUAUCCUAUCUUUUUAUUGUUAACGUGUUUUUAUAUGGUUAA